CCAUCCCAGGGUUCAUCCAUUUCACUUUCACGCAGUCCCUGAUACUCACUCCUGCGAUCAUCCUCUCAACAUCCAGGUGCCGCGUAUUUUGCAGAAGGCGAAACCAGGACUACGACUAAAUGAGGUCGCUCAUAUUAGCCUGCACCGCAGCGGUGCUGCUCGCAUCAGGCUGCCUUGCCCAGAGACGACCACCCAACUACAGCCAGGACAACAUGCCUGAGACCAGCUUUGACUGCGGCGACAAGGACAUUGGUGGCUACUACGCUGACCCUGAGGCUGACUGCCAAAUGUUCCACGUUUGCGUCAAAAUGGGCCCAGCUGAGGCGACCCAAGACUUCCGAUUCCUGUGCCCCAAUGACACGAUGUUUGAUCAGGAAAACCAAAUUUGUGCCAAUUGGUUCGACAUUGACUGCGAAGCGUCAACCCUUUACUACAGCAAGUCGUUUGACCUCUUCCGCGUGGGCCGUGGCCCGGCUCCCGACGAUGUCCUCCAGCGCGCCCCUGUAUCAGACAAGUUCCUGUCCGUGAAGCCUGUGAAGCCUGCCAAAAGGCCUCAGCCACCCAAGCCUGCCGAAGACGAGUUCUUCCGCACCGCUUCCAGCUCGGACAUCCACCGCGGUAGGGAUGAGGAAGAUGAAGCUCCUCCCGCCCCAGCACCAAAACCCUCUCCCAAGCCAGGCCAGAGACUUGUCCGUCGCAAGCAGCACCGUCGUCUGCGCCCUCAACAAGCCCCUGUUGAACCUCAGAACAACGUCAACCAGCAACAACCGCAGCAACCUAUUCAGAAGAGAGUAGAGGCCGUGACCCCUCGUCUGGACGUUUCGCAAUCCCCAAGAAAGGAUCUGCAGCCACCGGUGGAAGCUCCUUCCGCCGUGACUGAGUCUGCAACGGUGACCAACACCUUCACCCCUGAGGAAACCGUUAACCCUGCAUCCACCAUCUCGCCCACGACCUACGCCGCAUUCCAAGCCAGAAAGAACGCCCAACGCAAGACCUCUGCUUCCCCUGGCAAGAAGAUCAACACCGCUAACAGAACUCCUCUGCGCCCAGAGAACCAGUUCAUUGCUGUGUCCACUACGCCCGCCACUACCGGAUUGCCCGAGGAGAGACCUCAACAGCCUAUCAAUAAUCAACAGAGGAGAACUCAACAGAACAAUUUCAACAACCAACAGAGGCCUCAACCCGCUCAAAACUUCAACCAGCAGCAGCCUGCCAACUUUAACAACCAGCAGAGGCAAACAACUCAGCAGCCUGCCAACAACUUCAACAAUCAGCAGAGGCAAACAACUCAGCAGCCUGCCAACAACUUCAACAAUCAGCAGAGACAGUCUCAGCCUGCUCAAAACUUCAACCAACAGCCUAUCAAUAACAAUAAUCAACAGAGACAACCUCAGCAGUCUGCUCAAAACGUCAACCAACUUCAACAAGAGCCUGCCAACUUCAAUAAUAACCAGCAAAGGAAACCUGUUCAACUUCCAAUCAACAACUUCAACCAACAGCAGUCUAGCAAUUUCAACGACAAUAACCAACGUCAGCCUCAGAAGAAUUUCAACCAGCAGCAACAACCCAGCAACGUUCAAAGAGCGCCUCAACAGCCCAACAACUUCAACCAGCAGCAGCCCAAUAAUUUCAACAACCAGCCCCGCCAGCCUCAGCAAGCCGUUGCUCAGCAACCAAAUAGUUUCAACAACCAGGAGCCCCAGCAAGCCGUCAGUCAGCAGCCCAACAACUUCAGCAACCAGCAACGCCAGCCACAGCAAGCCGUCAGUCAGCAGCCCAACAACUUCAACAACCAGCAACGCCAGCCUCAGGCUGCUAACUUCAACAACCAACAAUCUUCAAACUUCAACAAUCAGCAAAGGCAAACUCAGCCACCCAGCAACUUCAACAACCAACAGAACAAUUUCAAUAACCAACAAAGACAACCCCAGCAAAAUAGCUUCAACAACCAACCUAGACAACCUCAGAAACCCAUCAACGUCCAACAGCCACCUGUGAACCAGCAGUUCAACGACUUCCAGAAGAUCAACAACAAGCAGUCCAGCCAGGCACCUCAGCAGAACAACUUCAACAACUUUCAGAAGGUUCCGGUGAAUGAACAGAAAGUGAACCAACAGAGGCCGGUCGCAAAUAACAACCAGCAACAGUUCCAGCCGUUCAACAACUUCAACAACCAGCAGCAAACCUCACCCAGCACCUUCAACCCCAGCUCGUCCUUCAACCCCUCCUCUAACGCUGUGAGCCAAACACCGUCUGCCACCUUGUACUCUCCUGUCACCUUCAACCCGCGCCAGCGCCAGAGCGUCUCUCCGAAGCCCUUCCAGGUGCGUCGUCCUCAGAGGCCGCGCGAAAACGAUUUCUCCGAAGAGAAGGAAGACGAACUCCUGAGGACCGCCCACUCCUCUAGCUUCAGGGCCUCCGACCUGAACGCCAUCCACCGCGCCCAGCAGUCAAGCCCGCGUCCCCAGCAGCCCACCUUCGGCGUGACCAAUGCCCCCACCAAGCCCCCUGUGAGCCUCAGCUCGCCGAAACCGUUCAGCAGAGCCAGUUCUGCCGCCAGCAGCGCCCAAACCACCCCUCGCGUGUUCAGCAGCAGCACCUUCGCCCCGCAGUUCUCCUCGUCCAGGCAGAGUGUGAGCAGCACCUUGCGGCCGGUCACCGAGACCAUUCCCGCCUUUGGCUCCAGCAGCACCCUGAAACCCGCGCACAGCAAGGCCAACGCCAAUUCCGACUACGAUUACGCCUACUACGAUGACACGCCGUUCGACCAGUACGAGGGCGUCGAGCAGAUCAACGAGUUCGCCAAAACCAAGCAGGGCUAAUUAAGUUCAUUAAUUAAAUUAAAAAAUGGUUUUGUGUGUUGGUGCCGCGCACGUGCUGAAAGACUCGAAUGUGUUUGAAGGUUUCCUGUAAAUAUUAUCUAUAUCUGUAUUGUUGCGAGUUUAUAAAAAUUAAGUUGCAGCUUAUUCAAGACCACGCACGAGCUAUUGUACUUUUGCCAAAUUUUGGGGGAUUUAUGGGUAAAAAUGUGACGGUGUAAAAUUAUCUCUGUGAAUAAAAGUGGAUAUGAGUGCAAACUUGCUCGUUAACCUGCAAAAUAAAUACAAAAUAAAUAAUACAACUUCUU